AUGUCAAACAUAAAGCGGACAUUGAGCAACGACCAGAGCUUUCAGGCUCACCCCAAAGACUCCACCGAGAAUUUCAACUACAACAGCAAUGCCAGCAACGAAAGCAUCAACACAUGGUCCCCAUUUAAGAAGCAUGUAGCUUGGGCUUUGGAUGCGAUCGCCAAGAAGGAAGAGGUGACCAUGCCUACCUUUGCAGCCAAAUUUGAGUACCACAUGGAAGGAGGGGGAGAACGUGUCGCCAAAAAAUUGAUCCUGGAUGAGACCGAUGACCUUGCGAGAUCGCCCACAACUCUUGGCCGCGAGCACAGGCAGAGCUCACCACCUGGACCCUCUGCUUCCUCAGGUCUACCCAUACAAGCGGCGCCAAGCCCCUUUGAGCCUGGUGUGGGUGCGGAGCAGCCCGGACCAUCAGCCCCGCUGUCUGGCGCUGCGCGAAACGAAGAGGAUCUAAUGGAAGUCCAGAGCUAUUGGGAGCACCACAGGGUGCUUAUCGGAGCGGACCUGAUGGCUUACAGAGAUCGAGCUGUCGCAGAGAAUGGUGCAGUUAAAGAGUCACAUGAGAAGUUGGCUGUGAACUUCGUCUUCUUGAUCGAAGCUGAUUAUCAGACCGGUGGCCUUCAAGUGGAGGUUGAGGAUGAAACAUGGGAAGCCCUCUGCGACGCGAUCAAGGACCUUGUGCCGCCGCUCAUGAACGAGGAUAUAAUAGAAAUCCAUCAAUGGGCUCGUCGCCUGGCACAAAACAAGCAAGGAGCGUUUGAGCGCCUACUGGAAGACCUGCCACCUCGAAACCGAUGUCUAAAGUCCAUUUUGACCGAGAUGCCUUCCAUUGAUUUCUACACCAUGCACCUGCGUGCUGAGGCGACCUAUGUUAUGAACCGUUUUGCGACUGCCUUCAUUGCUCCCGAGGCCUUGAACGUUUCCCCACUGGUACAACUCAUGGAGGCGUUUGAGCAUGCCAAGUCCAAGGUGGAGUGGACUGUUGAGCAGAUUCGAAAGGUCAAGGUUCGCCCAAGUGCGAACCCUUUGGUCCCAUUGUGGUGGCUUCGACCCUCUUUUCCCAAACCAGUGCGUUGUCGGGUUGAUGACUCAGAUUAA